GAUAUAUCUGUCCUGGUAGGUACUUGGGGAAAUACAGGUAAGUAGGUGCCGGUGUAUUUACGUCAUUAAAUCGACCCCUCCAUCACGUAAUAGGAGCCGCUUAUCUAAGACACGCCUCGAAACCCCACCGGCUGCCAGUUUAUUCCUAGCCUCAUGUACCGUGCAUAUAGUUACGUGCCUGUAGGUACAGGUCGCCUAGCAAACUUAGGAGGUACUCGGGUACAAAACUAAGUUCCCUGGACCGGUGGUCAACCGCAUCGUGAGGGUGUUCCGUAAGGUCUUCGGUGUAUCCUUCGGGGAAAAAAAUGGCGAUACGACAAAAACGCAGGCUCUACGACCCUCCCUAUUGAUAAUCGACCUCGUCAAAAUCCACGCCGAGUCCGUACGUACCAUGUCUUCGGCGGCGUCGCAUGCGACGAGUUCGAGACCACCCGCGUCUGGCGCAUUCGGCUGGUUGCCGAUACCAGCGCCAUUGGCCCGACUCUUCAAGAGAUUUCCACUCCUAACCUACCCGCCUAAUCAGCUCCCGGCGCGCUGCCCCAGUCCCCGAAAUGUCGCUACUCUGUAUGUUUUCCUAUCAGACCGCGACGCCUUGGACGGCCUGCCGAGCUACAACCCGUCCUGUCUGAGAUGGCAAACGUUCUUGAAGCUCGCUGGAGUCGAGUUCCGAGUGGUAUCCUCGAACAAUCACGCCUCGCCCACUGGCGCAUUGCCCUUCCUCCUUCCCCCUCUAGAUCCCGGAAACGCCGCUGCUCACCCGCCCGUGCCCUCCAACAAGCUGGAACAGUACGCAGCGGAGAGAGGCGCCUCCAAGGUCCCGGACGUGCCCAACCCCAAGCUCGAAGCCUACGAGUCCCUCCUCGACUUCCGGAUACGGAAUGCCUGGCUCUACUCUCUAUACCUGUCCCGACCCAACGUCGACCUCCUAUCCCGCCUCUACAUCGCCCCAGUUUCGAAGUCCCGGGCUGUGAGGACGGCGGUGUUAUACCAAUUACGCCACGCGGCUGAAAACGAGAUAUUGAGGUCGAUGGGUGUGCCGGCCGUAGAUUCAAGGACCCUCUACGCGGGGGCGAGGGAGGCGUUCGAGGCCCUGUCGAUAGUUCUAGGCUUGGAGCACUGGUUCUUCGGAGCCUCGGGGCCGAGUCUGUUCGAUGCGACCGUGUUCUCCUACACACACCUCCUUCUCGACGACGGGCUCGCGUGGCAAGAUCGACGUCUCGUGGAAAUCGUGAAACAGUUUCCCAAUCUGGUCGCGCACCAAGGCAGAAUAUGGCAGAAAUUCUGGGGUACCACACGCUAGAACCCAAUAUCGACGCAUCGCUUCUUCCUGUCUAUGUUUAGCCGCAGCUCGAACUAUAUGCGAGUCGUAUGAGGUCGAGCCGAUUCGAAGGCGGCUCACCGGGUAUUGGGCGCUCCCCCCACGCACCCAUUCCGAGGAGAUUCGACAUCAUUAGAUAAUAUACCCACCACCCUCUCGCCGUAAGGAAAAUGCCUAUUAUACAUGAUAUAGUCGCAUUCAGGCAAAGUGCCACGAGGCGGAACGUGGCUUGUCCGAUGCCGAUGCGAACCUCUACCCGUCACACCCACAGUAUUCGCCCGAGGAAUUGCGCAUACGCGCCGUCAACCGCGGCCCAGCCGUGACUUGACGAUUCCGCCGAGCACUUAGGAGUCCAAUCCCUACGCCCCCGAGCGGAUAUUUACAUGCUAGACGUUCGCGAGGUCGCCUAAUAUCAGCUCACACCGGAGACUGAGAUUCGGAGAUGCACCAGCCUUGCGCCGCCGAGUAG